ACAACCGAAAUGGUCACCGAUUGCGUGCUGGGCCUGAAGGCCGAGAGCUUCACAGAUGAGCCAUCACCAAUUAUGGGCUACAUCAAGGCAAUCCUUCACAUGCCUUGGCCUUCCAUCAUAUACCUUAUGAUAGCCAACUUUUUGCCCAGCAUAAGGCUAUUCUAUAAAAUGCGCCUUAUUCCCUUGCCAAUGGAGCACUACUUUGUGAAUCUGAUGCAAACUGCAAUCGAUGCGCGACAACAACAACUGGCAGUUGGAAAACAAUUCGACCGCGGCGACUUCCUGGACUAUAUACUCCAGCUGGGCAGCAAGAAGAACCUGGAUACUCGCCAAUUGACCGCACACAUAAUGACCUUCCUGCUGGACGGAUUCGAGACGACGGCCACAGUUCUCAGUCAGGUGCUCUUGCUGCUGGGCAGAGAUGAGCAGGUGCAGCAGCGACUGCGCGAAGAGAUCGAGGCCCAUCUCAGUGACAAGGGCAUCAUUGAGUUUGAGAGGCUCAAUGAGUUGCCCUUUCUGGAUGCAUGUAUUCAUGGUGAGUCAACGCUCAAUGUAAGCCUUGAAAUUAUAUCUGAUUUCCUCGAUACCACAGAAACCUUGCGCCUCUUUCCCCUAUUUGUUGCCCGUAAACUGUGCACUGAGCCCAUCGAGUUGCCCAACAAGAAGGGCGAGAGUUUCGUUGUGGAACGGGGCACCACGGUCAUUGUGCCCCAUUGCUGCUUCAUGCUGGAUGAGGAAUAUUUCCCCGAUCCGCAGGCCUUCAACCCGGAACGAUUCAUGCAACCCGAUGCUGUUAAGAUGUUUCGAGAGCAAGGCGUCUUCAAUGGCUUUGGUGAUGGUCCGCGCAUUUGCAUAGGCAUGCGCUUUGCCUUGAUACAGAUUAAGGCGGCCAUCAUCGAGGUGUUGACCAAGUUCAAUAUUCGUCUGAAUCCCAAAACCCGCAAGGAUAUCCUAUAUGAGCCCUUGGCCUUUGUGACGACCCUGAAAGGCGGCAUUUGGCUGGACUUUGAGGAGCGCCAAUGAAGCGUAAAUGACA